AUGGGACGAACCCGCACCAAACGGGAGAAUGCCAGUCUCGUUGCAAACGCCCUUCGCCCGCGUCUAGGCUACGCUUGUAUAAACCACGGUUUGGUUGAGCUGUCGAAGUUGGGUGGGCUUGUGCCUAGCCCUCUGGACUUUGCCUUUGUCGCAGCACUUCUUGCAGAGUGUGCUCUGCCUCGCGCUCUAAUUCCAAUAGCAGCCAGUGCAGCACCAGAUGCCGCGCUCAUGGCGCCACCUGAUGAGGUGGAUCAGCCUCUGGCUGACUUUGUUGUGCAAGCAGCCCAAGCACUUGGUCGUCCCUGGCUGCUAGACAAGGAACGGGCAGCGUACUUGGACUCCGUUGCUGGUGCUGGUUUCAUCGCAUUGCUCUGUGGACACAAUGGGCUCACGAGGGCCGGGCGCAGCUGCCUGGUCUUCAGCUUCCUCGUCUUCAGCUUCCUCGUCUUCAGAUCCCUCCUGGUACGCGGAAGCAGAGCCAUGGACUUCAAAGGUCGUAUCCUUGCUAAAUGGGUGUUUCUGCCACAGCUGGCUUCGGCACUGCCGCCGCAAAGAGAGCUUCAGGAACCAUCUGCUCAAAAACGGAGUCCGAAUGAAAGAGAUCAUACGAACGCGGCAGGACGUAGCGGCGAGGCUUGGACAGCUUCUUCAGCACACGCUCACGGCACGCACUCGGCACAGGCGUCGGCUGAGGAGGAGGAGCAGUUGUCGGCACCGGCUUGGGAGACAAAGACGAUGACCACGUGCAGCCUGCUUGGGGUGUUGAGGGUUGAAGUUGGCUUGACCAGCCUGCUGGGAGUAUUGAGCUCACCUACAUGUAGGGGUCUCGAUGCCAUGGACUCGGCAGACUUUGACGUGGCUGUGGUGGUUGACAGUUCCAUGUUUGCCGAUGAACCGGCCCUGCUAGGAUUGUUGGAGGAAGACUGCAGGCAAACUUAG